AUGUUGCGUCGAUGUUGCCCGCGGUUCGUUUGCAGGCGGUGCAUCAAGGACAAGCGGAGCCUCUCGCAUCUGCUUCACCGCGCCAAGAAGUCCAUCGUCACACCCGAGGCUAGCACCCAGCAAAAUCAAAUGGCGUUGUCGAGCUUUGUGGCGACUCCUUCCUUCUCGAGCCAACUGCAUCUUCCGGCAUUGAGCGGCGGCGGCAUUGGCCUCAACAGCAACUCACGGCCCUCCUUCAAAAGCGGAAGUCCCACCAGCGCUUCCGCGAUCGUCGCCGCCACCGCGGCCUUCAAUGCUCCUUCCGCCACCGCGUCUCCGACCGCUGUGCGAAGUCCCGUUUCCUUUGUCCAGCAGCAGCAACAAUAUCAGCAACAGCAGCAGCAGAAGAUUCAGCAGGCACUAGCGAGUUCCCCGUACUUGCAGCAGCCUGGUGUUAACACUUCCAACGCAGCUUUGGGAGGUGGAAACUUUUCAGGGGUUCCGCUUCUCCAGAUGCCUGCGCUCAAUUCGUCGACGUCUCUCAGCAUGUCCGUGCAGCUCGCCAAUCUCAAGUCCCGAUUGGCUCUCCAGCCUGGCUCGCUCCUCGCGCAAGCCCUUCGCCUGACGCAGCAGCCAGACUUGGCGUCAGUCGCCGAUCUUCCCCUCCUCGCCAACGUGCGGAAACUCGCCAAGUCGUCAUCCCUCACUACAGCAGCAUCCGCUCCAGCUGCGGUCGGCUCUCCUCCUCACUCCUCUGCUCCCUCCGGCUGCUCCUCUCCGUCAGCUGUCGCCGCAGCCUUUUCUGCUGCGAGUGAGCCGUUCUGUGCGCGGCGGUCUUCUCUUUCCUCGUCUGGCCGUUGCCUAUCUCCCAAUGCAUCGCUUGUCGCUGCUGAUGGAAGCCAAGGCAAUGGCCGCCUUGCUCCAGUUGAGCGCAUGCCUUCGUUUGAUUAUAUCCUCGAUAACUCCUCCUCGCCCUACGCGCAAGUGCUCGCCAGCUCAAGCCUCGUGAAGCAGGUCACGGACCACACGCUGCCGGUGCAACUACGACUCGAUAUACGCAACUACGUGGUGUCUUUUCUGGCCACUAAGGGUCCCAAGGCGGAGUCCUUCGUAACAGCGUCUCUGGUGCAGCUGCUGUGCCGGAUCUCAAAGCUUGGGUGGUACGACGACGAGCGGUUCAGAGACAUCGUGGACGAAUGCACCAAGUUCCUCGCACAGGGCACAGCGGAGCAUUUCUUCCUAGGGCUCAAGAUUUUCAACCAGCUCGUGGCAGAGAUGAACCAGCCUAGUCCAGGCCGGUCCCUAACCUUCCACCGCAAGACAGCCUGCUCCUUUCGAGACCUGGCGCUCUUUGCCAUCUUCCAGAUCUCCCUCACCAGCCUCAGACAGCUGCAGUCUGACGCUGACGACAAGCUGAGGGCGGAAGCGGUAUCCCUGGCGCUGCGCUGCCUCUCGUUCGACUUUGUCGGGACGUCACUGGACGAGAGCUCGGAGGAGCUGGGAACCAUCCAGGUGCCGUCGUCGUGGAGGGCAGUGCUGGAGGACACGGCCACCAUGCAGCUCUUCUUCGACUACUAUGCGGCCACCAAGCCCCCGCUCUCCAACCAGGCUUUGGAAUGCUUGGUGCGUCUAGCCUCGGUCCGCCGGUCGCUCUUCACAGGCGAGGCAGAGCGCCUCAAGUUCCUCUCGCACCUCAUGAACGGUUCCACGGAGAUCCUGCGCUCCAAGCAGGGCCUGUCGCAGCACGACAACUACCAUGAGUACUGCCGCCUGCUGGGCCGCCUCAAGACCAACUACCAGCUGGCCGAGCUGGUGAACGCAGACAAUUAUGCCGAGUGGGUGCAGCUUGUAGCCGAGUUUACAAUCACCUCGCUGCAGUCCUGGCAGUGGGCGAGUGGCAGUGUGUAUUUCCUGCUGGGCCUCUGGUCGCGCCUGGUCUCCUCAAUGGCCUACACCAAGAGCGACUGCCCCAGCCUACUCGACAACUUUGUGCCUCAGAUUACGGAGGCUUACAUAACAUCCCGCCUCGACUCCGUUCAGGCAGUGCUUCAGAACAACCUAUCAGAGGAUCCGCUGGACAACGACGAGCAGCUACAAGACCAGCUAGACAAUCUCCCCUACCUCUGCCGGUUCCAGUUUGACCGGACCAGCAAGUUCAUCAUCAGCCAUCUAGAGCCCAUCAUGCAGUCAUAUACGGAGGCGGCACGGUGGCAGCCGGCUGUAGCGGCGAGCAGCAGCAGCCAGGCGGCGCUACAGGUGAUGGAAAGCCAGCUGACGUGGAUUGUGCACAUCAUUGGCGCCAUUGUCCGGGGCCGACUCAGCUCCAGCAGUGGCGAUUCACAGGAGCUGAUUGAUGGGGAGCUGGCAGCAAGGGUAUUGCAGCUCAUUCAAGUCACCGACACAGGACUCCAUGCACAGCGCUACGACGAGCGCAGCAAGCAGCGGUUGGACCUGGCGGUGCUCUCCUUCUUUCAGAACUUCCGCCGCGUCUACGUGGGCGACCAGGCCAUGCACGCCUCCAAGAUCCUCUAUGCCCGCCUGGCUGACCUACUGGGCUUGCAAGACCACCUGAUGGUUCUCAACGUGAUUGUAGCAAAGAUAGCCACCAACCUCAAGUGCUACACCAAGAGCGAGGACGUGAUCGAACAAACGUUGAACCUUUUCCAAGAGCUUGCAGGGGGCUACAUGAGUGGCAAGCUGCUGUUGAAACUGGACUCUGUCAAUUUUAUCCUAGCCAAUCACACAAGCGAGCACUUCCCCUUCCUGGACGAGCCGAGCAGCACGCGCAAUCGCACCAUCUUCUACUUCACCCUCACCCGCCUCCUCUUCAUGGAGGACUCGCCCCAGAAGUUUAAAGCCUUCGUGGCCCCUCUGCAGCUGGUGUUUGUGAAGCUGGAGUCUAUGCCAGACGCCUCCUUCCGCACAGAGCCAGUCAAGUUCGCCCUCAUCGGCCUCUUCAGAGACUUGAGAGGAAUCACCAUGGCCACCAACAGCCGGCGCACGUUCGGGCUGCUCUUUGACUGGCUGUACCCGGCCCACAUGCCGCUCAUUCUGCUCACCGCCCAGUUCUGGUCCGACACCCCCGCGGUCACCACGCCUCUCCUCAAGUUCUUUGCCGAAUUCGUGGUCAACAAGACGCAGCGCCUCACCUUUGACUCGUCGUCGCCAAAUGGCAUCCUGCUCUUCCGGGAAGCUUCCAAGCUGGUGGUGACGUACGGCAAGCACGCCCUUGCCAUGCCCACCGGCGCACACCCUUACACGGCCAAGUACAAGGGCGUGUGGAUCGCACUCACUGUGCUCACGAGAGCCCUGGCAGGGAACUACGUCAACUUUGGAGUCAUGGAGCUGUAUGGAGACACUGCCCUGCCCGAUGCUCUCGACGUGGCCCUCAAGCUCUGCCUCUCCAUCCCUCUGCCUGAAAUCAUGGCCUUCAGAAAGCUCGCCCGCGCAUAUUUCGCCUUCCUAGAGGUCCUCUGUCACAACCACACUCUCGUCAUCAUCAAUCUGCCCACCGCCACGUUCAGCCACCUGGUGGGGUCGCUGGAUACAGGGCUCAAGUGCCUUGAUGUUUCGAUCUCCUCACAGUGUGCCUCAGCAGUGGACAAUCUAGCAGCCUACUAUUUCAACAACGUCACGGCAGGGGAUGCACCCUCCUCGCCUGCCGCUCUCACCAUCGCGCAACACUUGGCUGAGUGCCCCACACUCUUUCCCGAGAUCCUCAAGACGCUGUUCGAGAUCGUGUUAUUCGAGGACUGUGCCAACCAGUGGAGCCUCAGCAGACCCAUGCUCUCCCUUAUCCUGGUCAACGAGCAGCUAUACAACGACCUCAAGCUGCAAAUACUCUCCUCUCAACCAUCGGAUCAGCGGCCGCGCAUAGCCGAGUGCUUUGACAAGCUGAUGGCGGAUGUGGGGCGGAACCUCGACCCCAAGAACCGAGACAAGUUCACUCAGAACCUAACCAUUUUCCGGCACGACUUCCGUGCUAAGUAA